CAUAUCUUUACUUGUUGGCUUUUCCGUACUCUGAACACCUGAAAUCAUAAUUAAUGUCUCUGCAGCUUCAUGAUCGUGAAUUGGUGGUGGUGUUCCAGACGCGCGUUGACAAUUUCUAUAUGAAGAUUCAGAAUGAGAAGGUGAAUAUAACAAUUGAUCAUCAUUUUCAGGUAAAUUAUCCGUUUGCACGUAUAAUUCUGACGGUAUAGUGUGA